GUGGAACAUCUAGUUAUGCGUGCUCUUUCUUUAGGCCUAAUGAAGGGUCGCAUUGAUGAGGUCCGCCAAGUUGUUACGCUAACCUGGCUUCAGCCAAGAGUUCUUGAUAGAGAACAGAUUGCUAGUAUGCACUCACGUUUGAAAGCUUGGUCCCAGACUGUCACUAAAGUGCGAGAUCUCGUUGAAGUCGAUGCCAAAGCCAUAUUGGCCUGA